AUGUCAGCAGAUAAUAAGAACAACUGGAAAUGUCAGGAAUGUAGAAGGAAUGAACCUAAGACUGACAAUACCUACACACCAAUAAAACACAGCCUGCAAUUGUCACCAAAUAGCAACCAAGACAUCGAACGUACAAAUGUGACUCUGCGUAGUCGCACGGAUGAAAAGCCGAAAUGUACGGCCAUUUCAACAUCCGCAUCAUCAACACCUGAUUUGCCAACUAGUGAUCUAGCAAAUGAGCUAAAACUAUUGCGCCAAGACAUCAAAGAAAUGUGUAAUGAUAUGCAAGAGUUUAGGGGAACGAUGACCAACCUGCUUUCCGCAAUAAAUGCGUGCAAUCAGCGACUUGACUGCCUGGAGGCACGAAUGGAGGUGGUGGAGAAAAAUUCGCAGAUAAAGAUGUCCAAUGACAUAUCAUUUUUCGAGAAUACAAUUACGGAUCUCAAAAUUGAGCUUAAUGACCGUGACCAGGAACUCUUAAGCAAUGAUAGCGAGGUCUCGGGAUUACCCGAAGACAAAAAUGAACGUUCUACACAUAUUGCUUUGGCAGUAGCAACUAAAUUAGGUAUAGCGCUAGAAGAUCGCGAUAUAAUUUUGGUUCUUGUUAUAUUUUUUUUACAAUGUAUUUCAAGUGAUAAUGUAAAAAAGAGUGUCGAUGAAAACAGAGAUGAUAACGGAGAUCCUAAUGAUGACGGUAAAGACGAAUCCAUGGAUAUUCCUUUCGAAGUUGAGCAAAACAAUGUUACUUGCACAAGAAGACAAAACAGCCAAAUGCACGAAAUACGUCAAGCAAAAAUCAAGCAAUUUCCUUUUAUGGCAGCAAUAAUGUCUCAACAACAUGAAUAUUUAUGUGCGGGUUCUCUAGUAGCUAAUGGGCUUAUUCUUACAACGGCUAAUUGUUUUCAAAAGCCAAUUAAUUACGUCUUACUUAACACUACUUUCGCUAAAAAGGAUGACAAAGCAGUUGUUUUGCACAUAGUAAAGAGCGAAAAAUUUCCGACGUUUUCUGGAGUAGGCAAAGAUGUUGGACUCAUAUAUACGGAAAAACAUAAUAAUACAUUUGCUACAAAACUUAGUUUGAGCAAUAUCACUGCUGCGGACCAGCUUGUGGACGUAGAAGCUCUAGGAUUUGGCUUGAAUGCUGAUGCUGGACAAGUUAAAGAAUUGCAAUAUGUUGGCUUAGAAAAUCGACUUACACAUAAUGAAUAUUAUAUUGCUUUUAUUGAUUGUGUAGAAACCAAAUUGAAGUCCUGUUUUAAGGAUACUGGAGGCCCAGUAAUAUACGAAAAUCAGCUUGUGGGUGUUGUUGUAAAAGGUCAAAAUGAUUGUACUAGAGAAAUUUCUUCGCGAUAUGCUAUAAAUAAACAGAUGAUCGAGUUUCUACCAUCUUUCACCUUUAAAGCAUGGAUAGAGGAGAGACUAAAAAAGUAUGAAGAACAAGAAGCAGCAACUUUAAUGACGUAUCCAUCCAAACCAAUUCUUCGUCAAGUGAAUCAUGUAUUAACUACAAGUAUCAAUAGAAAUAUUUCUCAGAGAUGUUCACUGAGCAUUCUCCCUAUAUAUUUAUUAACAUUAUUAACAUAUCUUUGA